AUGAAGACAUUUCUUACUGCACUUGCAUUUGCUGCCCCAGGAACAGCGUUGUUGCGCUUCCCAUGCGCUCAACUGGUCAUCGACAGGCUAGAUCCGCUGGUGACGCCUGGUCAAGCACCCUCUCCGCAUCUUCACCAAAUUCUUGGAGGAGACUCUUUCAAUAUCACCAUGGACCCAGCAAAGGACAUGCCUGGGGAAUCAACCUGCACUUCUUGCCAAUUCAGCGAAGACUUUUCCAACUACUGGACCGCCGUUCUCUACUUCAAAGCCCGAAACGGCACAUACAAGCGCGUACCGCAGAUCCCCAACUCGGGUUUCGACGGGGUCAACGGGGGAAUGACGGUGUAUUACAUGCAAGAUGGCCUCUACAACUUCCAGCAAACAUCCAAAGUGCAAGCUUUCCAGCCGGGCUUCCGCAUGUUCAUCGGCGACGUGAAUGCGCGUACGAGAGAGGAAGCAGAGCGCUUCCGACAACUCACAUUUACCUGUCUGGACGACAUCAACACGCGAGAUCCACAGACCCUCGAUUUCCCCGACAAACCGUGUAAGACUGGUAUUAUGACUGCUGUUCGCUUCCCCACAUGCUGGGACGGCGUCCACCUCGACUCGCCAGACCACAUGGCACACAUGGCAUACCCUGAACACGGCACCUUUGAGACGGGCGGUCCCUGUCCUGCGAGCCACCCCGUGCGAAUGAGCCAGCUCUUCUACGAAGUCGUCUGGGAUACAAGUAAAUUCAACAAUUUGGCUGAGUGGCCCGAAGACGGGACUCAGCCGUUUGUGUGGAGCUUUGGAGAUGCGACGGGCUAUGCUAACCACGGCGAUUACAUCUUCGGCUGGAAGGGCGACGCUCUGCAGCGUGCGCUUGACUCACCUUGCUAUGUAAACUGUCCCACGCUCAAGACGCAAGAUGCAACUGCCAUGAACAAAUGCACGGUACCGCGCGUGGUGAACGAAGACAUCGAUGGCUGGGUUACCGAGCUUCCCGGCGGCUACCAAGCGCAAUACAUCAAGAAGCGUUGGGCAGACUAG